UCUACACGGUCACUUUCCGCAGACGGACUGAAGCAACAUGACAGCAGCAGCUGAUGAAAACAUGACAGUGGAUGUGGGAGAAGGAGCACAAAGGGACGAAGAGACCAAACUGCAGAUAUUAAAAGGGGCGGCCUUUCUGACCACGGUGGCGUCUGCAGGGAUGCUGGCGGGAUUUGGCUCCACGCUGGCGCUCGCCAAGAAGAAGAGCCCCGGCUGGUUUAGUAAGGGCGUGGCGGCGACGGCGGCGGCGCCGGAGAGCGGAGCCUCUCUGGCCCUCCGGGCGCUGGGCUGGGGCUCGCUGUACGCCUGGGGGGGGGUCGGGCUGCUCAGCAUCACCGUGUGGAGAGUCCUCGACGUUCACAACUUGUCAGAGUUCAGACAGAAGAUGCAGUCUUUCUUCCCAUCCGUCUCCAAAACCUCGGAGGCUGCAGCUGGAUCCCAACAUCUGGACUGGGACUCUGUCUUCAGCUCUAAAUGACCCCCAACAUCUGGACUGGGACUCUGUCUUCAGCUCUAAAUGACCCCCAACAUCUGGACCGGGACUCUGUCUUCAGCUCUAAAUGACCCCCAACAUCUGGACCGGGACUCUGUCUUCAGCUCUAAAUGACCCCCAACAUCUGGACUGGGACUCUGUCUUCAGCUCUAAUAGGGACAAAUAACAGCUGGAAUCACAGCUGUAAAGAUGAAUGAAUGAGUUGUCAACAGUUAAAUAAUCUCGUAACUAUUUUUCCUAAUCCAUUCAUCAGUUGGAGUCAUUUCUUUGUGAUAAAAACAGGUAAACUUGUGUGAUGUCAGCGUGUUAAAGGUGAAUAUUUUCUAGUUUCUUCU